ACAUGCCUAAGACGCCACCAUUUAUAUGUAUAUCUAAACAUAUAUAGUUACAACAACAACAACUACUCACUCAAUACCAAAACAAACGACAAAUCGGUUUGAGUUUGCUUGAUUCUGAUUGCAAAAGCAUAAAGUAGCCUCUUGUUUCAAUCAUGAAGCAAAAAGUAGUUAUACAGUUGCAAAUGGACUGUGACAAAUGCAGAAACAAAGCCCUGAAAAUUGCUGCAGAAGUCAAAGGCGUGACUGCAGUAUCACUUGAAGGGGAUGACAAAGAUCGUGUGUCGGUGACCGGUGACAAUGUGGACAUGGUUUGCUUGGCCAACCAGCUGAAGAAGAAGUUCAGCUCUGUCAUCAUUCUGACUGUGGAAGAUCUAAAGAAAAAGGAGGAACAAGAGAAGAAGAAAAAGGAGGAAGAGAAGAAAAAAAAGGAGGAAGAAGAGAAGAAGAAAAAAGAAAAAGAAGAGAAGUUGAAAAAGGCAUUGUGUGCUGCUUUGGGUCAUGGUAAGUGUGAGUGUGGUAAUUGUUCCAAAUGUUCUUCAGAAGAGCUCUGUGUGAUCAUCGAUUGCUCAAAGUGCCAAAGUCCAAAGUGUAAUGGUGAUUGUAAGCCCUGCUCCAAUUGCCACAACAAAAAGUGCCAUGGUUGCAAGCCCUCUCCACCACCAAGCUAUUAUCCAUAUCCAACUUAUAACCCUUAUCCUCCAAAUUGCCAGGUGGUUUAUGAUCCAUGCCAUUCUGAUACUUGUUCCAUCAUGUGAUUGUGAACCACUUGCAAAUAUCAUGCCCGAAUUUGCUACCAUGGUUUAAUAAGAUAUAUACUAUUGUUGUUCCAGUCGUGGAUAAUAAUUGUUGUAAAAUCCACUUGUAAAUCAUGUUCUCCUUGGUUUUAUGUAAAUUCUCAAAGAUGCUUUAUUGUUUUCCUUCUUGUUGAGAGACAUCAUCAGUUUGUACUUUGUUGUAUAUCCUGCAUCCACUUUCUGGUAUUAUUAAUAAAAGAAAUUCAGCUUGCAACCAAGCAAGCUUCACUGAA